CAUUGUUAUGGAAAAAUGGCGGCUUCCCAACGGUCUGAACGAAAUGAAGAUAUUAAAAACGCGCCUUGUUCGUACAAAUCAUGGAUAUGGGAGCAUUUUGGGUUCGUUGCUUCAACUGAAAAUGGCAAGAGACAGGUCGACAAGACGCAAGCGGUGUGUAGAACUUGUCAUUCAAAGUUUAAAUAUACAGGUAGCACAACGAACCUCUCGUUUCACCUGAAACGUCAUCAUCCCGAAAUUGGGACGGCUAAACGUUUGAAGUCAGAGGAUUCACAGUGCAACACUGAAGGAAAAACGGACAAUCAGCCAGUAAAAAAGCAAACGUCACUUACACAAUGUUUUCCAAAACCUCUACCACUUAAUUUAGCCCGGUCUCUAGCAAUAAGCAAGUCAAUAGCCCUAUUUAUCGCACUUGAUUUGCGCCCCUUCUCUGUCGUUGAGAACAACGGAUUCCAGAAAAUGUUAAAUACUUUAGAACCACGGUAUACUAUACCAUAUAGGAAAUACUUUUCUGGAACUUUGAUUCCAGAUAUGUAUAGUGAUGCGAAGUCAUACUUGCUGAGCAAGUUAUCUGAAGUGCCUUUUGUGUCAUUAACAACAGAUGGUUGGACAUCCAGAGCUGUUGAAAGUUAUAUCACCAUUACCUGUCACUUUAUUGAUAAUGAAUGGAAUCUGUGUAGUUAUGUUCUACAGACAAGGGCCAUCAGUGAAUCUCAUACAGCUGAAAAUGUUGGUGAAGUGUUAUUUAAUGCAGUUGAUGAAUGGGGCUUACAAAGAAUGGGUGGAGAAAUACCUGUUGUUACUGACAAUGCAAGCAACAUGGAUGGGGCAAUAAAGGCAGCCAACCUGGGACCUAAUUUAAAGUGCUUUGCCCACACAUUGAAUUUAGCUACACAGAAAGGUUUACAAGUGGAUUGUGUAAAGACACUUCUAAGUAGAGUCAGACGUGUGGUCAGUUUCUUUCACCGAAGUUCAGUUGCCAAUAGCACUCUCAAAACAAAGCAGAAACUAUUGCAGCUACCAGAACACAAGCUUAUAAUGGAUGUUGCCACUAGAUGAAAUAGCAGUUUUGACAUGGUUUCAAGAUACUUAGAGCAACAAGCUGGCAUUGUAGCAACACUUGUAGAACCACAUAUCUGGAAGAACCUGAGGGAUGUUGUGACAUUAAGUGAAAAUGACAUUUCCAACCUGGAAAACUUAGUGGUGAUUUUGAAGCCAUUGAAAGACAUUACCACUGUGUUAUGUGAUGAAAAGUUGCCCACUGUUUCUCUGAUUUAUCCUAUGAAAAUGAAGAUAAUUUCAUCACUUACCCUUUUGCAAGAGGACACAACUCUUAUUCGCUCAGUGAAACAGGACAUCCUGACCAACUUACAAAAAAGGUACACAAAUCCAGAGACUGAGGAAUUUCUUAUCAUAAGUGCAGCCCUAGAUCCACGGUUUAAAUGUCUACCCCAGCUUACAAUGGACAAACGAAAUGCCAUAUUCAGCACCAUGACCCAAAAAGCCAUUGAAUUCUCAGAGAAAAAGACUGUAAUCAAAACUGAACCAGAGGACCCUCAGGAGAAGCUGAGAUCAGACACACUCACAGACCCUGUUGAUGAAGUUGGUCCAUCUUGCAGCAAAGCUACUGCUCUGAGCACUGGAUCCAAGUCUUCUAGCACUAUAAAAGAUUUAUUUGCUGAUGUUUUCAUUGAAAAAGUGGAGAGAAGAACCAAAACACUGCAAGAUAUGGUUACAGAAGAAGCUUCAAGUUACAGGAAAGAGGAAAGUAUUCCAGUGGAAGGGAAUCCUUUACUCUGGUGGAAAGUUCAUGGAGACAAAUAUUCAUACCUUUCUCAUCUUGCCAAAUAUCAUUUGGGUAUUCCUGGGACAAGUGUCCCAAGUGAAAGGAUCUUCUCCACAGCUGGAGAUAUUAUAAGAAAGAAACAGAAUACAUCAGGAUCCUGGAGAUGCAGCAGAUCUGGGAACACUGGGGCGGUGGUAUGGGUUGACAUGGUGCUGGAUUCAGAUAUAACUGCUGUUGCGGCCAAAGGUGUUGUCAUUGACGAGGACGACAGCUGGUAG